CCACAUUAACCAGUCUUCACGUGUUUCUCCAAUUUUGUUUACAAAUUUUUCUCAACCAAAAUGCAGCCUUUUGCCGUGCCGGCCUGGGAAGAUGGGGCUGAGAUUAUGCAUUUUAAGACAACCAACUCCGCGGGAAAUGGAGUAGCCGCCACCAAGAAGCCAAAGAAAAAGAAGCCCAAGAAAGAGAAGCCCAAGAAGAGGGACAAGACUGCAAAGGCCAAGAAACCCAAGGCGACCGACAAAUUCACUUACCGGCAAGGCGGUGGACCUCUGGCACCGCCCUCCAGAAACUCCUCACCCUCGGAUGACGAUGAGGAUGAUGACAUGGACGAUGGCAUCCGUGCCAUGCACAAAGUGAGAUUGGGAAGAAUCGAGAAGCAGCGACCACCCACGCAGGCCACAAAAGGCGGCAAAAAGGAGGUGAAACUGAAACCAGAGCUCGUCCAGGCUGCAGUGGAGGCCAUGGAGACGGCACCCUCACCUGCACCGGCCACCUCGCUGGCCAGCAAACUGCAAACCGAGCUUCUGGGCGGCCGCUUUCGGUACAUCAACGAGCAGCUCUACUCCGUGACCAGUCGCAAGGCGGAGGCUCUGUUCCGCAAGGAUGCCUCUGCCUUCGAGGCCUACCAUGCCGGCUACCGUCAGCAGGUGGAGAAGUGGCCCCUCAAUCCCCUGAAUCGCAUCAUCAAGACCAUCAAGAAGAUACCAAAGACAGCCAUCAUUGGUGACUUUGGCUGCGGCGAAGGAAAACUGGCCGAAUCCGUGCCGAACAAGGUGUACUCUAUGGAUCUGGUGGCCGCUAAGGGCGACAUCAUUGCUUGCAACAUUACGGAUACCCCGUUGCAGGCUCAGAGUCUUGAUGUGGCUGUGUAUUGCCUCUCCCUGAUGGGAACCGAUCUGAACGAUUUCUUCCUGGAAGCCAACCGAGUGCUGAAGCUGCACGGAAAUGUGUACAUUGCGGAGAUACAGUCGCGAUUCGAGGAUGUACGGCAAUUUGUACGCUGCCUGAGUGCCUGUGGCUUUGAUAUGGUGAAGAAGGAUGUGGCCGUCAACUACUUUUACUUCUUCCAGUUCAAGAAGAUGCGGCAUGUGCCCAAAACCACUAAACUGAAGCCGUUCUCGCUGAAGCCCUGCCUGUAUCGCAAACGAUAAAGGUUAGAGAAGAUCUGUUUUCUAUUUAAAUCAGAGUUAAUCGAGGCUCUGAAUUAUAUUUCUGAAAAAAUGUUUGAUUUUUAAACAUUUUUUAAAGAUAAUUGAUUUGAAGCUCAGUUUAGCUAAACAGCGAAGGCGAAAACAGCCCAUAAAGCUAGUUAGAAGAUAUAUACAUUAAAAUAAAUGUAGGAACCACUGCAAUAAAUGUUGAGAAUUAA